AUGAAGUGGACUUCUGGCAUAAACUUCACGGGCAAAAACGAUGCCGCGUGGAAAGCCCGCAUCAGGAUGAUGCUCCAAGCCAUAGGACUAUGGACCAUCGUGACACUGGAAGAAUAG